GUUUUGUGUGUACUUUUCUAUAUAUUUUUGUUCCCCGUCGGAAUCUGUUUUCAAGGGGUAAAGAUGCCUCUCCAUGGCACAGCUGAUUACGUCACUGAAGCCGGACAUGAUUAAUAUUUUCUGGAAGGUCGCCGAAUCGAUAUAUUGUCGUACCUAGAACUAGAGUAACGUUUGAUAUUUUGUUGACAUUUUGUUUACUUUGCGGAAUAUUUAGUAUUCUUAGAUUAGAGGGUACCGUAACAAGCGAUGUCUAAUAUUGACGACAAUAACAGCGAGGGAUCAGGAGAUACAGAAUGCGAAAAUGGGGAUGGGAAGAAAGAAAAAGAAACUGAAAAGAUCCUGAUUAUAGAUCCAGACAGCGAAGAGCUGGAUUUUAAUCACACACGGUUAUCGAAAUUAGAAAAUUUAGAACCAUUAACCAAAGUAAGAAAACUUUGCUUCACGUGGAACUUAAUAAAGAAAAUUGAAAACCUUGACACGCUUGUCACUUUGGAAGAAUUGGAGUUACGAGAUAACCAAAUUACAGUUAUUGAAAAUUUAGAUGCUCUUGUAAAUUUGCAAGUGUUGGACCUUUCUUUUAAUCGAAUUAAAAAAAUAGAAGGAUUGGAGAAAUUGCUCAAUUUACAGAAACUGUUUUUGUCAUCCAACAAAAUAUCUCAUAUUGAAAAUAUUUCCCACUUGAAAAGUCUUACUGUACUCGAGUUAGGAGAUAACAAGAUUCGAGAAAUCGCCAAUUUGGAAGGUUUGGGAAAUCUGACAAGCCUUUUCCUUGGAAAAAAUAAAAUUUCGAAAAUUGAAAAUUUAGAAACUCUACAAAACCUUGAAGUUUUGAGUCUGCAAAGUAAUCGACUAACAAAAAUUGAGAAUUUGGAGCAGCUGAAGAAACUAGAUCAAUUAUAUUUGUCCGAGAAUGGAUUAACCAAUAUUGAAGGAUUGGAAGAAUGUUUAAAACUAACUACUUUAGAUCUGGCAAAUAAUAAGAUUAAAAAAAUUCAAAAGAUUGACCAUCUGAAUAACUUAGAAGAAUUCUGGAUGAAUACUAAUCAAAUAGAGGAUUGGACAACGGUAGAAAUCUUAACUGCGAAUAAGAAACUGAAGACUGUAUAUCUAGAGAUGAAUCCAAUUGCCAAGGAUUCCAACUACCGAAGAAAAAUUAAGUUGCUGCUGCCGUGGCUUGUGCAGUUAGAUGCAACUCUUUGUAGAUGAAUUUUGAAUGUAUAUACGAUAUAAACACAGUAUGAAAGAAAUCGGAAGAACAACUACAUAUGAAAUUUUUGAAGACUAUACAAGUUUAGAAUUUCAUAAUACAAAUAGAACAAAGUAAAUUUGUAUUAUUAUGCCAGUAGCAUUUUUUAGGAAUUCUUUGUACAAAAAUGAUGGAAUCUGCAAUGAAAGAUGCUAUUUCUUUCUAAAAUGUCAAACAUCAAAACGGUACUGUAUUUAAAAAUGCUGUUAGAGUACCAGUCUAGUAUUUUAUGUAAUGUUUAUUUUAUUAGAACAGUAGUAUAUCUAUUUCCAUUCUUGCACAUUCUCUGAAUAUGCAAGAUAUAAUUUAGUUGUUUUAACAUAUUGCUGAUGACAUUUAAAAGAAGAGUUCCAUAAUCAGUACAAUUACUUUUCAUUUACAUAUAAGGAUAUUUUUCUGUCCAAAAUGGUGCCCAUUAUCUGCCUACAAAAAAAGAUUUCUCAGUAUUGAUUUACAUUGUUUUACAUAAAAUACAUUAAACUCCAAACUACUCAGCAAAAUGUUACUGUACGUUCAUUACGUUUAUGUCAAUGUUUCAUUUUCUGUCAUUAAGAUUCAAGCUUAAUUCAUCUAUAUGGUGCAUUUUUACAUUAUUCUAUUUAUAUCUGAAAAACAUCAAAUAUAAAACCAGCAUUGUAACAAAUGUGUAUCUACACCAGCAUUGCAUCUGUUAUGUCCUAUUCCACAUUGUCAUUCCUUUUUUUAAUUGUUAAUUAGUAACUUUAAUUAUAAAUAAUUGACUGUCGUAUACAAUACUACAAGAACCACUAAUUAUAUUGUACAACAUUGUAACAAGAGGCUUAUUUAUAUUCAUUAGAGAUCAUUUUCCCUGUUUCUUUAAGACAAUCAUCAAGCAUGUGUUACAUAUUUUAACCUGUGAUCCUGCUUCUAAUUUUUUACAAUGUUUAUUAUGAAUUUAUUUUGAAAGCAUGUACGAAAUGUAAGAAACAAAUAAAGGAAAAUAAAAUGUCUCAACCAUGUAUGGUUGGAUACCGAUGUUGUA